UGCGGCGUCCCGGUGUGUCGCGCGACGCUGACCGUGGUGCUGCAAGCAUGUACGUGCCCACUAGCUGGUGGUACCACCCUGACUACAGUGGCUCAUGCCAGGGCCUGCAGCGCUGAGUGAGAGGCCAGCCUCUGGCUCCCCACCAUGGGUAGCGUAGGCAGCGGGGUGGCCGGCGAACAGGAGUUCGCCAUGAAGAGCGUGGGCACGCGGACCACGCUACCCCGUGGCCCGCCCCUGUCCCGGCGCGGGCCUUCCGAUCGCGGCUUCGGCGCCGAGCACCUGCUGCCGCCACCGUCAGCCUCCGAGGGCACGGGCUCCAGCGUCGACCGGGGGGGGAGCUGCAGCAUGGCGACGGACCGACCCCGGCUAGCCGGUGCCGACUCCACCACGGCCGCCGCCUCCAACCUCGAGAGGGUGCCGUCCGCCAGCGACCGGCCAGAGGGCAGCGGGCCGGCUCGCAGGGAGGCGCCCAGGGCGCCGGGCGCGGUGGGCGUGGACGUCUGCGGGAACCCAGCGUCGUACAGGGGAGAGAAGGUUGCCGAGGGCAAGGCUCCCGGAAAGGCCAGAGAAAGGAGCAGCACAAGGGCAGGUGGCCGCACGCCGCCCGAAAUCCUGCCUGUGUCUGGGAAACUGGAACAGAACAACUCUGCAGUUGUGCGGCCUUCUGCCUUCAAACCCGUCGUGCCAAAGAGCUUCCACUCCAUGCAGAACCUGGUGGGACAUGCUGGGGGCGGCGGUGGGGUGGGGGGGCGAACCGCAGUGGGUGCUGCAGGCUCGGACGCUCCUCAGUCACUUAGUGAGCAGGACAGUCCCGAAAGGGAGCGGACGGGGGCAAACGGCGGCCAGGGGGGCAUGUCAGACUCAGGCAGGAACUCGCUCACCAGCCUGCCCACCUACGCGGGCCCAGGUUCGGCAUACGGGCGUCCUACAGCCCUGGGUCCCCUAAGUGCCUCCACCAGUCAUAUUAACAGACUGGGCAUGGCAGCCGCCCCACUGGACAAACUGGAAAGACCCAACUACCAGAACGGUCUGAGCGCUUCUGACAGUGGACGCUCAUCCUCUGGGAAGAGCUCCUCCUCCUAUCAUAGGCUCUGUCACCUGGGAGACACGCCUGCUGCCGUUCGCCCCUCGCCCUCCUCUGAUGACGUCAUUCAGGACUUGGAGGACAGGCUGUGGGAGAAGGAGCAGGAGGUCCUCCACAUGCGUCGUAACCUGGACCAGAGCGAGGCGGCCAUCGCACAGGUCUUCGACGAGAAGCAGCGCGUGUGGGAGCAUGAGAUGGAGGAGCUGCGUCAGAACUACGCCGGGCGGCUGCAGCAGGUGUCGCGGCGCGCCCAGCGCUCCCAGCAGGCCCUGCAAGCCCAGGUGGCCCGGCUGCAGCAGGACAAGGGCCGCCUGCAGGAGGAGAUCGGCGCGCUGCUCGCCCAGCGUGACAAGCUGGAGCGCAUGUGCCUGGACUACCGCAAGGAGCAGGCUGACCUCCUGCCCCGUCUGGAGGAGACCAAGUGGGAGGUGUGUCAGAAGGCGGGAGAGAUCUCUCUGCUGAAGCAGCAGUUGAGGGACAGCCAGAACGAGGUCACCCAGCGGGCCGGGGACAUGGUGGCCCUGAGGAGCCGGCUCAAAGAGCUCAACGCCCAGCUGAGGCAGAGGGAGGAGGCCAUGCUCGGCCUGAAGGACUCCUACAGCAGCAAGAGCCGUGAGCUGGAGAGGUGUGAGGGAGAACUGAAAAAGACGCUGGCAGAGGUGUCAGUCCUCCGGGACAGACUAGUCGUGUUCGAGGCCGAGGUCCUGGGGCUGAAGCGAGCCCUGGGCGAGCUGAGCUACGCCGGCGAGCGGGCGACGGGAGGCCCGGGUGGUUGUAGCGGAAGCGGCGGCGGCGGCAGCCUGCCGUGGGGCGGCCUGCGUUCGCCGCGCACCCCGGAGGGCCCGGUGCCGGCGUGCCCGCUGGGCGCGUCCGCCGACCCCCUGCUGAGCCUGCAGAGCGACGAGGCCAAGGCGCAGCGGCGGGAGGCGGGCGAGCUGCAGCAGCAGCUGGAGAGGCUGCAGGGUGAACUGCGGCUGGAGCGGCAGCAGCGCGAGCUGCAGGCCCUCACCUUCGCCCAGGAGCGCCACACCUGGCAGGACGAGAAGCAGCGCGUGCUCAAGUACCAGGCACGCCUGCAGCUCAGCUACGUGGAGACGCUGCAGCGGAACCAGGCGCUGGAGGAGCGCGUGGGUCAGCUAGGAGCCAAACUCGUCACCUCGGCCGGCUCUCCGCCGCCGGGCAGCCCGCCCACGCCCAUCGCCGUCACACUCACGCCAGCCGCGGACGACGACCCCAAGUCGCCCCCUCUUAACCAGUUGGCUCCGCCGUGGCCUGGGCCCUCGCGCCUCGAGAGAAUUGAGUCCACGGAGAUUUAGUGCCGCCGCCGUGCGCUGACUUGAUACAGAGACAAUCGACUUAUUGCCCUCUACACAGGUUGCUGAAAAUGAUUUAUUCGAAAUCACUUACAAGUCCCAAAUUUCCACUUAGGGGCCCAGAUUAGCAGACUUGCUACUUUGAGGGAACAACAGAACAUGCAGUUAUAAAUCAAUGUGCUGGAAAGAUGAAGGAGCCACUCCAACAGAGAGACAAAGUCUCACGCUGUCACAAAACACAUGCACCCACACAUGUACACUGACAUCCUCUAACUAUCUCAAGGGAUCAAUGAACCAAGAAGAAGGAAUGAGUUGAGAAAAUAUUUGAGUAGAAAUUAAUUUUUAAGAUGGAGAAGGUAUCUGGAAUAAGCAUAGAGUAAUUACAAGAAAGGCACCGGUGUGCUUCAAUGAUGUUUCAGGGAUACUGGGGAACCUGGUUCCCCAUCACUGCACAUUGGCUGCAGUGACUAAAAAUGAUCACUAGGGGUCAUCAAAGAGUGUUGGGAGGGAUCCCUCUCGCAGACAGCAGUACUUGAAAAAAACAAAAACAUUUUCUUUUUGGCUUUGUUUGGUUAGGAAAUUGGAAGGCACUCUGAAAAAUUUGCUUUCAUUUAUUCUAUAAGUUGAUGUUUUUUUAAAAUCAUCAUCUUAUGAUUAAAAAUAUACUUAU